AUGGCGAUGUCGAUAAUCCAUUACGAGCAUAUCGUCCCCGACGAUACCCACGAGCAUGACCACUACGAGAUCACAUUCUUCGAAGACAACAUUUUAACUUUACUAACCGAAACACCACACUCCGUCGACAAGUGGAUAUCCGAAAUCGAACGCAAACACCGCCGCCGUCGCCACUCCCUAAUCGUCGGCCUGGAUGUUGAGUGGCGUCCUAACCGCAAUCAGAACUACGAAAACCCUGUCGCCACCCUCCAAUUGUGUGUGGGACGCCGCUGUAUGAUUUUUCAACUCCUCUUCUCGCCUACAAUGCCUCAAUCGCUCAGAAACUUCCUCCGUAAUCCCGCCUACACAUUCGUCGGCGUCGGGAUCAAGAACGAUGUAGAGAAGCUUAUGGAAAAUUGGAACCUAGAGGUUGCGAAUACGGCUGACAUUGGAGCAUUGGCAGCGGAGGAGUAUGGUAUGAGGAACCUUCGGAAUGCAGGGUUGAAAGGGUUGACGAGAAGGGUUCUGGGGAAGGAGUUGAUCAAGCCGAAGAAUGUUACGAUGAGUGAUUGGGAUAAUGAACGGCUGACUCUGGAUCAGGUACAGUAUGCGUGCAUCGAUGCUUUCUUGAGUUAUAAGAUCGGGAGCAUCUUGAUUUCUGGGAAUCAUUACUGA